AUGUCACUCUUUGUCUUGUCGCGUGUUGGUCCGAGGUCUUCCGCGUCUGCUUCUUCCACCUCCGGUCCGCCUCUCUCCGUCACACCGAGUGACAGCCGCAAACCUCCGGACUGCGAUCUUUUCUCUUCACCUUCACCCCACCACUUCCACCACCUUCACCAGGCACCAUCUAUACGGCCCUCGUAUAGAUCUUUCUCUCGGAGAAAACACACUACCAAAAAGCAAACUCUUGGAGACAUGAAGGUCGUCGGACUCGCGGUGGCGUUGGUGGCGGUGCUGGUGGUGAUGAGCUGCCUGGCCCCCAACUCCGGUGCUGAGGCCCAGAGCACCAGCUGGGACUUCCUCCUGCUCGUCCAGCAGUGGGGUCCGGGCGUGUGCGCCACGUCGCGCGGCAAGCAGUGCGUCAUCCCGUCCUACGUGCGCUACUGGACCCUCCACGGCAUGUGGCCCAACAACUUCGACGGCUCGUACCCCGCGAACUGUCCCGAUUCGGAGUCGUUCAACAUGCAGAGGCUCGAGCCCAUCCGCAAGAGCCUGACCGCCUACUGGCCCACCCUCUACCCCAGCAACACCCUCGAGAGCUUCUGGGAGCACGAGUUUGAGAAGCACGGCACCUGCGCUGCUUCGGACCCCACCCUCGCGACCGAGCUGGCCUAUUUCAACGCCACCCUGACGGCCCGCGCCACCUUCGAUAUUUCCGUCGCCUUCUCCAAGGCCGGCAUCCAGCCCUCGUCCAACAAGGCCUACUCGAUCGACACGAUCAGCAAGGCGAUCCAGUCCGCCUACGGUGGUGUGCCCCUCGUGCAGUGCUCGCGCGAGAGCUCCCGCGCCCGUGGCCCCGAGGCCCUGACCUCGAUCGGCUUCUGCAUCUCGUCGAGCCUCACCAUCAUCGACUGCCCCACCAACAUCAUCCACAAGGAGGGCUGCCACAACUACGACGAUGGCGUCUACUUCCUGCCCUUCUAA